UCCUGCCGGCAAGGUCCGCCCCGCUCCCGCCCCCAGCUGUCGCUCAGCCCCGCCGCAGCCGCCGCAGAGCCCGGCGAGCGAGAAAAUGGCUGUUCCACCUACUUACGCUGAUCUAGGAAAAUCUGCCAGAGAUGUUUUCACCAAGGGUUAUGGAUUUGGAUUAAUAAAACUUGAUUUGAAGACAAAAUCUGAAAAUGGACUGGAAUUUACAAGCUCAGGUUCAGCAAACUCAGAGACAAGCAAAGUUACUGGCAGUCUGGAAACAAAAUACAAAUGGGGGGAAUAUGGCUUGACGUUUACGGAGAAGUGGAACACGGACAACACACUAGGCACAGAGAUUACUCUUGAAGAUCAGCUUGCAAAUGGACUGAAGCUGACCUUUGACUCCUCGUUCUCUCCUAACACUGGGUAAGAAGUGACAACAAAAAGGGAUAUUUUGCUUGUUUUUAUUUCCUAUACA